AUGAUGAACACACGAGCGAAGACCAGUCGGAACACGACCCCCACCGCUGAAGGGAGAGCCGUCGAAACUCGCGAGAGAGAAGGCACAACGAACAACUCGCCGGCAGAGUCAGCAUCGACAGCAACAACCGACGCCACCAGAUCCACGGAGGCCACCGGCACCACGGGCACGUCCGGCACCACGGGCACGUCCGGCACCACGGGCACGUCCGGCACCACGGGCACGUCCGGCACCACGGGCACGUCCGGUACCACGGGCACGUCCGGGGCAACGGGAACCUCAAGAACGUCAAGAAACUCAGCCAAGUCGACUGCCAAACUCGACGAGCCGGCCAGCAAGCGAAGUACCAGCAACAAGCCAAUGGAGAGAGAGAUGACUGCACCGACCCAUCACGAGAAGAGGGCCGGGUCAGAGCACACUGUGGUACCUCGAAGGAGGCCAACGUCGCACGCCUCGACAUCGAAGACAAUAAGAAGAAGGAAGGAAAUCGAACAGAUGAUCGAGAUCAAGCGACAAGAAGCGAAGAAGGCGCAAGCUGAACAGGAGCUAGCCAAGAUGAGGCUGGAGCUGAUUCACCUGGAAUCCGAGACAGAUCUGAGCGACCUGGAGGAGGACAACGACGAGCCUCAUGGCCAGGCCGGACGAUCGAGCCAUAUUGACAAAUGGGUCGAGGAAUCAACAGCGAAGCGCUUCACUUCACUUCCAACAUCACACGUGGAAGCUCACACAUCGGCAAGACGACACGAGGGGGAGCGACUGGAGUACGGAAGAUACUGUGAACAGGCACCCCACAUGUCAGAACCGCCACGUCUCUACAACGGCAAACCUACGGCGCCGCACACACGCGCCACCCCAUAUGAUGGACAAGUUCAUCAUCAUCAGCCGCCGCCGAUAGCACCCCGGUACAUGAGUGAGCUGCAUACAUUCACCGGGGAGCCGAGCGACUGGAUCGCAUUCAGAGCGACAUACAGAGAUACAGAGAUGUACUUCAGCGAGAUUGAGAACAUCGCAAGGCUCAGAAAAGCCAUACAAGGAAAAGCUAAAGAAGCAGUACGUUCGAUGUUAUUCAACGAUACAAAUCCGAAGCUUAUCAUCGACACAUUACAACGAAGAUUCGGUCAACCACUACGACUGAUAAGAAGCGAACUAGAAAUCAUCGAGAAAAUGAAGCCGCUGUCUGACGACGCUCGCAACCUCGCUCACUUCGCCGGGGUCGUAGCCAACGUGGUGAACACCAUCCAACUCACGAAGCGCACACACAUGCUACACUCUGAAGACAUAUAUGAGAAGAUAUUAUCGAAGAUGAGCAUCAUGAUCAGAUUCAAGUGGUUUGAAUAUAAAGCCGCAGAAGAAGCACGAGAAUGGCCAGUAUUACUCGCGCUCACGUCUUUCCUGAACCGGACCGCCGAUCAAUUCGAAGCCUGCGAGUUCGAGAGCCGACCAUACAUCAAGAAGGAGAGAGAACCACUGCGCAACCGUAUGAAGAACAAAGUGCACAUGACAAGAGCGGACAACUAUGAAGAAGAAAUAAGCGACAGCAGUGCCGAGUCCGAGAACGAGUCGAUCAUCGACGACGAUGAAGAAUACCACCAAGUUAUGUUGACCUCUCGGAAGGACAAUCAAGAGUGCCCAGCCUGCAGUGACAAACACGCUCUGAAAUCAUGCAAGAAAUUUAUGAAGCUACCACUGGAAGAAAAAUGGGAGGUUGCCAAGAAGGCAUACGUGUGUUUUCGAUGCCUGAGCUCCACACACCGGGGUUUCAACUGCCGCGCGAAACCAUGUGGAAAAAACGGGUGCAGAGGAUCACAUCACAGGCUCCUCCACCGAGAUAAGGAAGGCGAGAAGGAGUCGACCGAGCCUAAAGACACACAACCCACGAAUACACCACAGCAAGCUAAAGACAAGCAGACGCACUCAGUGAACACCCUGUGCACCAUGAAAGGAUACCUCAAGAUAGUGCCGCUGAAGUUAUACGGCCCGAAGAAUACUACUGAAGUCUACGCCCUGCUGGAUGAAGGAGCCACCAUCACACUCAUAGAGGAAGAAGUGGCCGACUGCAUCGGAGCCACCGGUCCAAAGGAAGGUCUAUGCAUAGAAGGCAUCGGCGGACAUCGAAUGAACGAGCCCGACUCAAGGCGACUGAAACUGAAGAUUCAAGGAAGAUACGCACGAAACAUUGAAAAAAUGAAUGCCUACACGAUUUCGAAGCUGAGCAUUUCGUCACAAAUGGUGCCACACACACUAAUAGAAGACUGUCCGCACCUGUCCGACAUCGCCGACGUGAUUACCUACGACAACGUGCGGCCGAGAAUAGUGAUUGGACAAGACAACUGGCAUCUAAUCAUAUCACAAGACGUGAAAUCCGGAGACCGAAACAAACCUGUAACCUCACUCACAAGACUAGGCUGGACAUUACACGGUUGUGCAACAUUCAGCACAAGACCAGUGAUAGCCGUGAACCACAUACAAACAACUCGCGAAGACAAGAUGGACGAGCUAAUCAAACAUCACUUCAGCAUCGAGUCUCUAGGCGUAACUCCCAAAACGCCUUCAAAUGACCCCGAGAAGAAAGCCAACGAGAUACUGGAAGCAACAUGCCGACGACUACCCGAAGGCCGACUCGAAGCAGGUCUAUUAUGGAGAACUCCGAAUGAAACUAUGCCAAACAACCGCGAAAAUGCAAUGAAGCGACUAAUCGGUAUAGAAAAACGACUGAAGAAAGAUGAAAAGCUGAAAUGCGAGUAUGAGAAGCAAAUAAGAAACUUACUCGACAGUGACUACGCUGAACCAGUACCUGGACCGUCUACAUCAUCAAGAACCUGGUACUUACCUCAUUUUGCCGUCGUGCAUCCCCAGAAAGGGAAGGUUCGCCUGGUGUUCGACGCAGCCGCAAGAAGUGGCGGAAAAUGUCUAAAUGACGCGCUACUGACUGGACCCGACCUACUGCAAUCAUUAUUCGGAGUACUACUGCGUUUCAGAGAGGGACCGAUAGCAGUCGUGAGUGACAUCAAGGAAAUGUUCCUCCGCAUUCAAGUGUGCGAGCAAGACAGAGAUAGUCUCAGAUUCCUGUGGAGAGAAAAGGACAGCGAGAAGCCGAAAGAAUAUCGAAUGAAAUCACUCAUAUUCGGCGCAGCAUCGUCACCGUGCACCGCAAUAUAUGCAAAAAAUCGCAACGCAGCCGACUUCAAAGAAAAAUACCCGGAAGCGGUACAAGCCAUAGAACGCAACCACUACAUGGACGACUACCUACAAAGUUUUCAGUCUGAAGAAACCGCGAAACGUGUCAUCUCAGAAGUCGACUACAUACACAAACAAGGCGGAUUUCUACUCAGAGGAUGGGCUAGCAACAGGCCACAGAUAUUAGAACAGUUCCCCGAAGACGUGCGAAACAACGGUUCUAUCGACCUGGGAAAAGAUAGCGAACAAGUCGAGAAAACACUGGGACUCCGAUGGAACGUGUCUUCAGAUCAACUCAACUUCACGCUGAACCUGCGAAACACACCGUCUGACGCCAUAGAGGGCACGAGACCGCCAACGAAACGCGAGGCAACAAGCGCAGUAAUGUCCGUGUUCGACCCGCUCGGGCUGGCCUCGCCGAUAACUGUACAAGGAAGAGCUAUGCUACAAGAUGUAUGCUGCACGGGCAUCGGAUGGGACGAGCCUCUGAAAGAAAAUGAAGAACGAAAAUGGAAAACGUGGCUGCAAGACCUGAAAAAGCUACAAGACCUGAAUAUACCUAGAUGCACUACAACGAAGCUAACUGAAGGCGAAAUUCACGUAUUCUGCGACGCGAGUGAAAAGGCAUAUGCAACAGCAAUAUACUGGCGAGCAAUACACCCCGAUGGUCACGUCGAAGUAAAGCUGUUGUCAGGAAAGUCACGGGUGGCACCACUCAAGCCCGUGUCUAUCCCACGCUUAGAACUGCAAGCCGCACUACUGGGCUGCCGCCUAGCCGCCACAGUAACAAAGGAAACGGACUUAACAAUAAACAAGUCUACCUACUGGACCGACUCGAGAACUGUCCUCGCAUGGAUAAAGUCGGACCCGAGAACAUUCAAGCCCUUCGUCGCACACCGGCUAGCCGAAAUUGAAGAUCACACGAAGCCGACUCAGUGGAGAUGGAUACCUACUGCUCAGAAUGUCGCAGACGACGCUACACGAAACGCGCCCUCUCACUUCGACAUACAACACAGAUGGUUCACAGGCCCACCGUUCCUCUACUGUGAUGAAACAGAAUGGCCAGAAGACAAGAGCUCUCCCAACAUACCUACUACCGGUGAAGAAAAACCAAACUGCGCCCUGCACGUCAUCAACACUGAAGAACAGCUCAUCAAACCUGAAAAGUUUUCAAAAUUCACGCGACUGCUACGAGCGACCGCCCGCGUGUUUCAAGCCGUCGACAUAUUCAAGAAACUAAUUAAAUCAAGAAAAAAUCAAAUUCAAGUAACUAAGAAAAUUACACAAGAUACCACUUGGCGUAUCAAGAAGACUGCCAAAACCAUCCCGCGCAAAAUUGUUCCUACUCAACAACGGAGCACAAUAAAUUACGUGAUACUUACGCAAGAAUACCUAAACAAAGCUGAAAAAUACCUAAUCCGCAAGAUACAAGACGACUGCUUCAAGAGCGAAAAACAUCACCUGAAAAAUAACACCAAAAUACCUAAAAGCUCAAAACUGAAAAACCUGACGCUCACGCUGAAAACUGAAGACGACAUAAUAUACCUAUCAACGAGAGUCGGCGCCGCUUCAUACCUACCUCACGACUACAAGAACCCCGCCGUGCUCGAUGGAAGUCACUACGUCACGCUCCUACUCAUCGAAGAGAAACACCGACAACUUCACCAUGGCAACCAUCAAACAGUCAUGAAUGAGAUAAGACAACGAUACUACGUGACGAAAUUACGUAACUCCGUGAAGAAGAUAACAAGAGAAUGCCUAACGUGCAAAAUACGCCGACAGAAACCACAGAGUGCUCCCCUGGGCGACCUACCUAAAGAAAGACUGAAUAGGUAUCAACGGCCCUUCACAUGUACCGCCGUGGACUACUUUGGCCCAAUGACUGUGACAGUUGGAAGACGUCAUGAAAAACGCUGGGGUGCAUUAUUCACAUGCCUGACUACGCGUGCAAUCCAUCUAGAGUUGGCCAACUCACUCUCAACCGACUCUAUGAUACUGGCGCUGAGGCGAAUGGCUGCCCGCAGAUCGACCCCUGCAACAAUAUACAGCGACAACGGAACUAACUUUGUGGGUGCGAACAAAGAACUUCAAGAACAGCUGAAAAGUCUAUCACAAACAGGCUUAGUACGAGAAACUGAAAACUACGGAAUCACGUGGAAAUUCAUCCCUCCCGGGGCCCCACACAUGGGCGGAGCCUGGGAACGCCUCGUACGCUCCGUGAAGACAGCACUAGCAGCAACUCUGAAUGAAAGAUCGCCCAAAGAAGAGGUGCUUCACACACUACUCCUGGAAGUCGAACAUGUGACGCAGAGGAAGCACUAA